AUGGAUAUAAAUAUCGUUGAAUUUUUAAAAUAUGAAUAUGCUCAUAUACCACCCUCAUUGUCCGACCCAUCAAAUCAAUCAAACAAAGGCAAAGUUGUUGAAUAUUUCAGUCAAAAUUAUCCCCGAGGUUUUAGUUUCGUUCCAUCAAAACAAGAAUUAGAGAAGUCCGUCCUGUUGCUUCAUGGAGGAAUAUUGUUACAGCACAAACCAAAACAGAAUGAUACAGUCGAGUCAUAUGCAACAAAUAUGUUGAAUAAUAUCAUGAAGAUGGCCACGUUACAUGAAAGAGUGGACGUAUUAUUUGACUCAGACAAAAGCUACGAUUGUCAGUCAAACACCUUGGAUGAAGCACGAGUUAUAUGUGCGAAAAAAUUCAUACAAGGAAAAUCAAGUAAAUCGUUCCUGGAAAGAUUACCUCCUACAAGUGAUGGGUUCAGUCAACAUCUCAUACGCGCAAAUGUCCAAAUAAAUGUUUGGUUCCAAGCAUGUGAAUCGGAUAUUGAUUAUCCAGAGCUGAACAAUAAUGGAUACGAGAAAGUCAAUAACGAGCUCGUCAUCAAGUGGAAAACGCUUGAAAGUCAUCCGAAGUUAACCGGAUGUAAAUGUAAAACGAACUGUAAAACUUGUCAGUGUAAAAAUUCCUCAUGUACGUUUUUAUGCAAGUGUGAUCCUCAAAAAUGUUUGAGAAGAUCCAGAAAUACAACACAGCAAACACAACGGCAGUCGUCAGCGUACAAAGACGUUGGCAUUCGUACCCGCCACGCCGCGAUGCUAACCAACAAUGAGGACAGCAGUGAUGACGAUAUCAUUGAUCGGAGAACACUAGAGAAAAGUGAUACUGGGGAAGAUAGUCACAAGUCGAGUGAAAACGAAUAUACGGACACUGACCAUGAAAACAGUCUUAAUGAACUUUAUGAACUACCAAAGGCAGAUCCAACGAACAGUCAAGAUGAUGAGGACGAUGAUUUUAACUCUUUACCUUCUCUUAAUCAAGAACAUAGUUAUGCACGGACAUAG